AUGAAGAGAGGCGUUGAAGACGAGGACGCUGGCCGCAAUUUGCAGGCGAAGCACGAUGCCGACGCCCAGCCCCAGCCUCAAAACACCGACUCACUGAUGGCAGAAGACAUCGGCGAGUUUGAAGACCCUUACGGCGACGACUUUGAGCUGGACGGUGAGAUCAUCGAAUUGGACGACAACGACGAUAACGGCGCCGAUAUCGAUACCGCGAUGGCCGAAGAGGAAACUGAAGCUACCGAAGAGAUCUAUUUGCCCCACAGACUGAAACCUUUAGGCCCCGAUGAAGUAAUGGAGGCCGACCCCAGUGUCUACGACAUGCUCCACAACAUCAACCUCCCCUGGCCGUGUUUGACGGUGGACAUCAUUCCCGAUAAGCUUGGAGACGAGCGCAGAACUUACCCGGCUACGGUGUACUGUGCCACUGCCACUCAGGCGCUGAAGGCGAAGGAUAACGAGGUGAUUUUGCUUAAGGCGCUGCUGUUAGCGAAGACGAGAGAAGACGACGACGACGAUGAAAACCAAGAGGAGAGCGACGACGAUAACGACGACGACUCCGACCCCAUUUUGGACCUGGAGGUGAUCCCGCUGAGAGCGACGCUGAACCGGCUUAGAGUCUCCCCCCACGCCUCGGAAACGGGCGAGUACUUGACGGCAGUGAUGCUGGAGCUGGGUGAGGUCAACAUCUACGACGUGGCGGCCCAGAUGCGUGCCUUUGACACCCCGGGUCUGGUGAUCCCUAAGCAAGCUAAACGCCCUGUACACACGGUGAGAAACCACGGUAAUGUCGAAGGGUAUGGGGUGGACUGGUCUCCGUUAGUGGCUACCGGUGCUCUUUUACUGGGUGACUGUUCUGGUCGUAUUUACCACACUUUCAGAUCCCCCAACGGGCUGUGGACUACCGAUAAGACCCCCUUCGAGGCGCUGCUGGCGCUGAUUGAAGACAUCCAGUGGUCGCCUCAGGAAGCCACCGUGUUUGCUACUGCCGGUACCGACGGCAUGAUCAGAAUAUGGGACACUCGUUCCAAAAAGCACGCGCCGGCGUUGCUGGUGACUGCCUCCAAGACCGAUGUCAACGUGUUGCUGUGGUGUCCUAAAAUCACCCAUUUGAUGGCUCUGGGUCACGACGACGGUACCUGGGGGGUAUGGGACUUGCGUCAGUUUGGUCUGGGCCCCACACCUGCUCCCGUAGCCCACUAUGACUUCCACCAGGCCCCCGUGACCUCGAUCGCAUUCAACCCGUUGGACGAGCUGGUGGUGGCCGUAGGGUCGGAAGACAAUACCGUCACCCUUUGGGACUUGUCGGUGGAAGCCGACGACGAAGAAAUCAGCCAGCAGCGAGCGGCGCUGAAGCUGUUGCAGGACAUCCCGCCGCAAUUGUUGUUUGUCCACUGGCAACCGCAAGUAAAGGAAGUGAGAUGGCACAAGCAAAUCCCCGGGGUGUUGGUGCUGACAGGCACCGAUGGGUUGAACAUCUGGAAGACGAUCAGUGUUUAG